AUGCUUGAACUUGGUGUCGUUGUUGUUCCCAGUGCAUUUAUAGCUUUAUUACUUUGCUACGAUAUGUCUCAUCAACGAUCGAGGCUUUAUUUUACCGUUUCAUUUAUCGUCUAUAUCAUCGCUUUGAUUGUGACAAUUCUUAUUCUUCAAAUCUUUAAACAUGCUCAGCCAGCACUACUCUAUACUGUACCAUUAUGUUUAAUCUUUCCAUUAUUGACUGCAUGGAUUCGUAAAGAUUGGACAACGAUAUUCGCUUAUGAAGAUCAUGCUAGUGAUAAGAAGCGUGCAUAG